GAAAAUUUAAUCCAAUUUUGUGGCGCCGUAGAUUAGUGGUUAUAGCUCUCGUACUCUGUGCGGGAGACCGGGGUUCGAUUCCUCUUGACGGCGAUUCAACAUGGGCGAGUGAAUGUUACCAUAGCCCCGGGUUAACCCAAGCCAUGUGAGGGAAAUUGGGAAGAUGGCACACUGUGUGGGCCGUUGGAUGUUGCCGGGAGUUGUCUAGUAGAGCGCGGGCCCUAAUUGGGUCUGCGUCGCUCAAAAUGAGCAUUAAAUACUCUAGGACUCUCCAUCUAAGCCAUGGCCCCUCCUGGAAAUAAUAGACAGGGUAUAUCCCUCGAUAUUUGUGAGGCUAGCCAUGUAAAAUAUGCACAUCUAUCUAUCUAUCUAUCUACCACCUUCUGUCCACACACCCUGCCAACAAAAGCUGUUGAGUCAGAAAACCUUAAGUAAACGAUCCAAAAAGUUGUCUAAAGCUGAGAUAUCAAAGAUAAAGCGAGAACGCCUUCCAUGGACACUGGAGCCGCUUUUACCAAAAAUUUAUGGAUUCGAUGUGUUCGGAAUAGAGACAAUAGACCCGUUGCCUAAGCAUAUUUUUUAUGGCGUGCCAGACGAAGACAUCGAUAGAAAAUGGGGCGAGGAUAGACUCAGGAAAUACAAAAACAAUAAAAUAAGACUGCAGAAAAUGGCUGACGCAAGAGUGUUCACGAAAUGUCAUAAACCAAGAAAUCCAGACAAGAUCCCGAUAAGAUAUCGUGAAACUGCAGAGCAGUAUGUUCAUAAGGUUUAUAAUGGGAUUGUGUGGAAAGAUGAAACUGAACAUAAGACGCAGAAAAUGAAGAAUAUUCCUCGAAUUCGACAUCCUGUGGACUCUGGUAGCUAUCCAAAUAAUAGUGUAAACGAGAAUGAGAUGAGCUCUUUGCAUAGGUAUGCGUGGAAAGGAAAAUAUAACAAACUAACGAAACGUUUACUCAGACUGAAAGAUUGUAGAGAAAUCAACUUACAAGACGAAGUUGGGAGGUAGGACACCGCUUCAUAUAGCUGCAUCAUGGCAAUGCUCAAA